AUGUGUAGCUACGAUUUCAGCGUCACCAGCGACCCCGUCCUGCCACCCAGCCACUGCAACGCAUUCCUCCAGGGUACUCCAGGCCUGCCCGACGCUGUUGAAGCUUCCUGCCCAGACAACGUCGCCUAUACGUGGUCCAUCACCAACAAGGACGACGGCGGCCUCGACUUCGCCAUCUGGUACGGCUUUAACAGCCGCAGCAACAUCACGUACUGCCACUACAUACCGGCGGCCGAGCUCAUCGUUGAGCAGAACGGCGCUGCGCAGUCGGAGCACUACAAGGGUCCGGCUAGCUUUGAGGCGUCUUUCCUUAACUGUCCAACUGCUUAA